AUGAAGUCGUCGCUGCCCUCGCCCGUCGAGACGCUGCGAUGGCUGAAGCACAUGGCGUGGCCCAAGAACGCGCCCGACUCGCCCCGGCAGCAGCUGCGGUCGACGGCGUACCUCGACGGCCUGCGAGGCUUCGCCGCCUUCCUCGUCUACGUCCACCACAAUGAGCUCUGGGUGCACGCGGCCACCAACGACGAGUUCCCGAUAUUCGAGAAGGGCUACGGCGUCGACGGCAACUACCGCUUCGUUACCGCCCCCGUCAUCCGCACCUUCUUUACCGGCGGCCAUAUCGCCGUGGCCACCUUUUACGUCAUAUCCGGCUACGUGCUCUCGGCGAAGCCCCUGUCCCAGAUCCACAACGGCGACUACCUGAAGCUCUACGACAGCCUCGCCUCGUCCUUCUUCCGCCGCUGGUUCCGCCUGUGGCUCCCGCUCAUCAUCACGACCAUCGUCUGGGUCAUGUCGUGGCACGUCUUUGGUUACUGGGUCCAGUGCUGCAAGGUCAAGCCGACCAUUGGCGAGGAGCUGUGGAACUGGUAUGUCGAGAUGAAGAACCUGAGCUUUCUCUUCAAGGAGGGCUCGCAGAUUUGGGUCUCGUUCAACACGCACCUGUGGUCCAUUCCGCUGGAGAUGCGGGGGUCCAUCAUCACGUUUUGCGCCUGCCUGUCUCUGGCCCGCGCAACCAUCAAGGCCCGCCUAGUCUGCGAGGUGGCCCUGAUCAUCUACUUCAUGUACAUUGUCGACGGCUACUACGGCGCUCUCUUCAUCUCGGGCAUGUUGCAGUGCGACUUAGACCAGCUCGCACGCCGGUCCUCCGAAGGGAACACGUACUUCCCGGGCUUCCUCCGCAGCUUGGAAGAGCACAAGACGACAAUCUUCUACACGCUGUUCGGCCUCGGCAUGUUGAUCGCCGGCGUGCCAACUGAUUCGCAAGAUAUUAAGAAUCUGCGCGCGGCGCCCGGCUGGUACUACCUGUCCUUCCUUAAGCCGCAGGCCGUCUUCGAUUACAAGUGGUUCUACCUCUUCUUCGCCGCCAACAUGUUGGUGGCAUCGGUACCUCGCAUACGCUUGCUCAAGGCUUUCUUCGAGUCCCGGUUCUGCCAGUUCCUCGGCCGCAUCUCCUUUUCGCUUUAUCUCGUCCACGGACCUCUGCUCGGGGCCGUAGGCGACCGCAUCUUCCACGCUGUCGGCUGGGUGCGCAGCUUCGACGACAGCGACAAGAUGCUAGCCAACUGGGUUAACUUGUUCCCCCUGCCCAGGAUAGGGCCCAUGGGCCUCGAGCUGUCCUUCCUCCUUCCCCAAAUCUUCUUCCUUCCGUUCACGCUGUGGGUGGCCGACGUGACGACGCGCGCCGUCGACGAGCCCUCGGUCCGCUUCGCCGCCUGGCUAUUUAAGAGGAUACAGGGCGGGACGCCGCCAGCGCCCAAGCAAGAAGAGAGCACAUUGCCGCUGAGGCGGCUGGCGUGA